CUUUCGUUUCUCCCUCAGCCCCUCUCUUUGUGAAGCUCUGGCUCCUCUCUUGCCCUGUGACUUCCAACCACAGCUGCCCCUGGCCUGCUUUCUCUCUUCUAUCCUGAAUCUGGACUUCUGCACUGGGGACUGAAGGUGCAUGGGGCGGUUUGUGGAGGCAAAGGGUCGGAAACUUCUGGAAAAAAUAAUUGAAUUUGCUUGCCCAGCUACCCAGGACUCUGUGAGCAAGGAGAGCCUCCAGAGUCAGAACAGAAAGAAGCCAGAAAAGAGUAUCAAUGGCGUCUGCAAUCGUAGUGAAACUGCAGGAAGAGGUGACCUGCCCCAUUUGCUUAGAGCUUCUGAGAGAACCCCUGAGCCUAGACUGUGGCCACAGCUUCUGCCAAGCCUGUAUCACUGUGAACAGUAAGACAUCCAUGGUUAGCUCAGAAGGGGAGAGCACCUGUCCUAUGUGCCGGAUCAAAUACCAGGCUGACAACCUACGGCCUAAUCAGCAUUUGGCCAACAUAGUGGAGAAACUGAGGGAGGUCAAAGUGAGCCUGGAGGAGAAGGGGCAAACGGGAGACGUCUGUGAGCGCCAUGGAGAGAAACUAUUGCUCUUUUGUAAGGAGGACGGGAAGGUUAUUUGCUGGCUUUGUGAGCGAACUGAGGAACACCGUGGUCAUCGUACGUUCCUUGUGGAGGAGGUUGCCCAGAAGAACCAGGCAAAACUCAAGGCAGCUCUUGAAAGGCUGAGAAUGAAGCAGAAGAAAGCUGAGAAGCUGGGAGCUGACAUCAGAGAAGAGAGGGCUUCCUGGAAGAAUCAGAUAGAAACUGAGAGACAAAAUGUCCAAGCACAGUUUAAUCAGCUGAGAGAUAUUCUGGACAGUGAGGAGCAGUGUGAACUACAAAAGCUGCAGAAAGAGGAGGAGAAUAUUAUGGAUAAGCUGGCAAAGGGUGAGAAAGAACUGGCCCAGCAGAGCCAAUGGGCAGAAGAGCUCGUCUCAGAUCUGGAGCAUCGACUGCAGGCGUCCUCAGUAGAGAUGCUGCAGGGUGUGAAUGACAUUAUAAAAAGGAGUGAGACCUUCACCGUGAAGAGGCCAAAAACUUUUCCCAAGAAACCAAGGAGAACAUUCCAAGCUCCAGAUCUAAGGGAUAUACUGCAGAUGUUUAGAGAGCCGACAGAUACCCAAUACUACGGGGUUUCCUUAACACUGAGACCAGUGAUGCCUAAUGCCAACGUGAUGAUUACUGAUGAUUGGAGACAAGUGAGAUCAGUGCUCUACUGGAUGCCAUUCGAAUCAUUUAAUAUUGGCAUUUACGAUAACUAUGGUGUCCUGGGCUUCCAGUAUAUGGAGUCAGGGAAACAUUACUGGGAGGUAGAUGUAUCUAACAAAACUGAAUGGAUCCUGGGGGUAUGUUUUAGAGAUUGCCGUACACGUGCUACAUAUGCUCAUCAUCAAACUCUUUAUUCUAGCUACAGUCCUCAAUGUGGCUUUUGGGUUGUAUGGUUACAGAAUGGAUCUAUGUAUAAUACAUUUAAGAAUUCAUCUUUGAAUAAUCCUUCAAUCUUAACCCUCUCUCUGACUGUUCCUCCCAAUCAUGUUGGCAUUUUCCUAGAUUAUGAGGCUGGCUCUUUGUCUUUUUUUAAUGUCACAAACCACGGGUUUCUCAUCUACAAAUUCUCUAAGUGUCGCUUUCCUAAGCCUACUUGUCCAUAUUUCAAUCCUAUGAAAUGUACGUUACCCAUGUCUCUUUGUUUACCAGACUCUUGAACUAUCUUAUACCCUCACCCAUUUCUGUGCACUGCCCUUGCCCUGCCGUGCAUCUCCUGAACCUGAGCUCGUCUGUUCCACUCCGACUCUCUCUUCCUUGCCUCUGUUCUUUCCUUUCAAACAUCAUUCACGCAUCAAUAAAAUAUACAAUUUUCAUUGUGUAUUAUUAUUUCCAAUAUCUUGUUAGCAUUAGCAGAGGGUGAGUAUUUAUCAUUUUCCACAUUCCCUAGGAAAAAUGACUGCUAUCAUUUGGGUAACACACCCACCCACUCAUCGUUUCUUCAUUCCCUCUACCACUAACCUGAAAAGAUGAGGCAAAGAUUUUCAACAACUUUUCUGUAUUAUUAAAGACCAUGCAUGGGAGUCAUUAAGGAACGCUGGUGGCACAAUGGUUAAAGUACUUGGCUGUUAACCAAAAGGUCAGUGGUUCGUACCCACCAGUGGCUUCACAGGAGAGAGAUGUCGCAGUUUUCUUCCAUAAAGACAACAGCCUUGGAAACUCUAUGGGGCAGUUCUACUCUGUUCUAUGGGGUUGCUGUGAAUUAGAAUCGACUUGACGGCAACAGCAUAUAGUAGUCAUUCACUAAAUAAGAAGUCUCUAGCAUUCUGUCAGUUUACGCAUGAUUCCAUACACAUAAAGGAGCCAAGGAAAAAGACCAUAAAUAGUAUAUGCACCAAGAGUAGAGGUUUUUUUUUUUUGGUGUCCAGACUGAGUUUAAAUCCUGUCUCUUCAUUCAGUAGUGGUGUAACCUUGAAAAUGUUACUGAAUGGCUCUGUUUAUUUUCUCAAAAUAAUUUUGGUAUAAAAGCUCAUCUAAUAUGUAAUAUCAUUGUGAAAAAUUAAAUAUCGUUAAAUGGAAAGCACUUAUAUAAGUUUCUUAACUUUCAAUAAAGUUUUGCCCUACUUAUUACUGAAAAAUAUAAGCUCUGUCAGCAAGAGCAAUGUCACACUGAACAGGUUUGUGCCUUCAGGGAAACCAUAGUUGGUUCUUCUGAAAACGUAUUUUUCAGGUCCCUGACACUACUGCCAAGACUAAGCCAGCUCUGCUUUUAAUUGACUGCUAUGGUAGUUCCUAGGAAUGAAGAAAACCUGUUCUCUCCUUUCAGUGAGACAGGCGGGGAAUUGUUUCUGCAGGGGAUGUUGAUGCAUGGCUUGGUGGUAUCCCCUUGUCUUUUGGCAUUUUUAUUUGAAUUCUUUCCCAAAGAAUUAUCGAUGAUGCUUAGCCAAGUGGUUCUAAUCUGGCCCCUGGGUGGCUACAGGAAUUCUCAACUUGCCUAUCUUUGUGUGACAUUUCAGAAAAGAAGGGAUUCCAUGUUGGAUAUUUCCAGUCUCUUUCUGUGUGUAUACACAAGCUCUCCUGUAUCAGCACUCAUCUGAGGAAAUUGGGGGGAAUCUAUUCCUAUACAUUUUCCGUUUAGCCCCUGCAUUCAGGCCACUGCAUUACUACAGUGACAGAGACACUACUCACUAGGCACAAUCUGUGUUCCCUUGAAUUAUUGACAAGUGAUUCUCCAGGGAUAUUCAUAUUUUUUUCAUUUACUGGAAUGCCCAAUUCCCACCUAAGGAUGAAAGCUGGUUACAGGAUGUAAAGACCUGAAAGUGUAUGUAUGUAUAUACAUAGGUUAUAUACACAACAGAAGAGAUCUACACACUGAUGGGCAUCCUAUUUUUAAUAGUGUCUUCUGGCUCAAGAAGUGAAGCUCUCUGCUAAAAAGAGUAUGAAGCCUAUAAGUUGGUUUCAGUUACAUCCCUCUUCUCAGAGGUGAGAGAAGGGGUCCUGGACUCAAAAGUCCAGUAGGUACCGUGUGUAGGUUUGCUGCACCCAGUUAUCAGUACUAGUGCUUUCUCCUCCCCAUAUCCUUGUAAGCUCUUAGUAGCAAUUACAUUAUUUUAUAUUCCUGAGCAAAAAUGAGGGAGACCCUCAGUGAGAAAGAUUGGCGCAAUAGCCGUAACAAUGGGCUCAAACAUACCAACACCCAUGGAGACAGCACAGGACCGGGUAAUGUUUCACCCUGUUAUACAGAAGGUCACCAUGAGUUGGAACUGACUUGAUGACAACUAACAACAACAAAAGGACUGCGAUGAAAUGUUCAUUAGGUGCGUGUCCACAGUGAGAUAUUUGGAUGGGCUCAGGAGAAUCCCAGGUAGUAAGGAGUCUUCUCCCUGCAGGAUCAUCCAUGGAAACAUACAGGUGAGGUUCUUAGAGUCAUCACCAGAUGGUGAUCAGAAGUGUCUCAAUCUGGGGAUCUGACAUCCUCACUGAAUAGCGACACAGGAUCUGUACUGGUUUGGGAUUCCAGUGACCUUCCAUUUUGCCUGUGGACAGUUGGGCAGUCUCUUGAUCCUGGUCUCCUCUUUUCUCCACAUCAGAUCUUUUGUAUCUCAGUACGGACAACCCGUUCUCACUUCCACUGUUCCUCUCUUGAUCAGUGCACCCUCUGAUUCCUGGUGACUCUCAUCAAUUCCUUCUGGGGUGGGAAGUGCAGCAUAAAUUUUUCUGCUCAGCAUUGGUUUUCCACUGUGGCCUACUCGUACACUGUGAUUAAAUCGCUUGGCUAGUAACUGAAAGGACAGCAGUUCCAAUCCACCAGUUUUUCUGUGGGAGAUGUGGCAGUCUGUUUUACAAAGAUUUACAGCUUUUGAAACCCUAUGGGGAAGUUCUACCUUGUCCUAUAGAGUUGCUAUGAGUCAGAACUGACGGCAGUGGGUUUGGUUUGGUAAGUGAUUUCAGUUGGUCCUGAGAAUAUUGGAGACAUAAUAACAAAACUCAUCGUCUUCAAGUUAUCUUUUUAUCAAAGAUGCUAUUAUACCAAACAGUCAUUGUUAAUAAACUCAUACAAUUUAGAAUAUUUGUAUUUACUAUGGGAUAAGACUGCAUUUUUCGUGUUUCGUAUGUUGUAAAAAAAAAAAAAGCUAAAGAGUUGCUUUAAUAGUUGUUGUCUGUGCCCUCACAUUUUCGGAGUCCUCAUGUCUUCCUGCUCAUUAAACCAUUGAUUCUGCUUUACACAGCUGAGUUCAAAAUAUCUUAGUCUGCACUGACAUCUAUGGGGCUUGGAAACUGAAAGCCUCUAGGCUGUGAUUGAUAGAUUAUUUGGCCAUUUCAGUAGUUUCUCAACUCCCCUGAGCCUGCUCCUUCCCUCUAAGUCUUUCGCUAUCAAAGUACCAUAGGGUGGUUUUAGAGGUGGAGGCAGCUGCAGUAGCAUGUGUACUUUGCAGUCAGUCCAAGGAUUUCAGGUUUGGGGAGUUAUCCCAAACCCUUCUUGUCUCUCCUCAUACAAAGAGAACUUGCUCUUUGAAAGAAUAUAAUAGCAAAUAAAAUAAUUUAUGGUAGAAAGAAUGUGAUCAUUCUGCACAAAUCUAAAAACAAAGAUAGCACAAAAAAUUAUAAAUGAAAACUGGUUCAUUACUGAUAAAUGGGUUGGGAAGAGGUGAUGCUCUGGGAAUAUCCUCUGAUGCAUUUGAUUUGAGACAAACCAGUGGGGGAAAUCAGGGCAUAGCAAGGCACCAUAUAGUCUGGGCCAGUAGGCAACCCAAAUGCACCAUGCUUCUUUUCUACCACUCUCAAUUUAUCUCCAGUGCUGAGCCCAGUGGUAUACUCCACCAGUUUACCAUGUUCUAAGGAACCCAGGAAUAAUAAAUCUUCCUUAGGGCUCCACAUCCCCACUCCACUCCCUAAACUCCUGUUGAAGAGGAAUCUGACAAAGAUAGCUCCCUUUGUGUAUAUGGAUUUUUAACACUUGGGAAUAAAGUAAGACUGUGAUAGCAGAGUGUGGCAGUAUAGAUGGAUUAAACACCAGGCAUUGAAGUAAUUUUCUGAGUAUACUUUAGGAACUCAACAGAAAAGAUUUGAAAAAUUGUUAAAAAUUGCCAAGUGUCCAAAUGUUAUGAUAUAAAUUUUUACAAAAAAAAAAAAAAAAAGCAGCUGUUGAAGCUGCUUAAGUACAACCAAACACCUCAUGGAAUUUGUUUUCUUGGUCUAGAAACUUAGGGUCAUGGUUUUGAGGAACAUUCCAAUCGAUUGGCCUAAUAUUAUUUUUCAGUGCUUCUGUUCUGCCUCCUAGUUUGUGAGGUAGUACCUAGGGUCUUAAAAGCUAGCAAGCAGCCAUCCAGGCUACAGGAGCAACAGGGCAAAAGGAGAGUCAGGAAUUGAAGGAAGAAAUGGAUUACCUGUCUGGUUAUCUCCAUGAACUGCUUCCUUUGCCAUGAGACCAGGAGAACUGGAUGAUGCCCAGCUACAAUUACUGUUUUUUUUUGAUCAAAGAGUCUGUGGAAGAAUCCUGAUCAAAAGGGGUAAGAAUGUGGACCAGAUUUUUCAAUUCUCAAUGUAAGACUUCCUGAGCCAUUGAGGCUGGAUAAACCCCUGGAACUAUCUCCUUGAGAUAAUGUUUAAACUUUAAAACUUAAACCAAAACUAUCCCCUGAAGUCUUCUUUGAACUGAAGCUUAUCUCAAUAAAGUAUAUCUACCUUGAGCAUUGCGCUCUUUUAAAGAAUUAUCCGUGUGAGAUCCAAUUAACAAUAGCAACACAAAAGGUUAGAUGAGAAGCUUAGUGAGCAGUGAGUCUAAGUCAAAUGUGCUGGAAAAAUUCAGAGAAGAUGAGACUAUUUGAAGAACAUAAUGUUACUCAGUUGUACAUGUAGAAAUUAUUGAAAUGGCGUAUGGCUGUCCAGCCUUCGAACGGUAAUUUUUUUCCAUUCUGGUUAUUGUUCCACUUCACCAAAAUUUAAAAAAUUUUGUUCUGCUCUGCUUUUGCUUUGUUGAUCAUGACUGAAUCUGUUCGAACCGGUUUUUCCUUCUUCAAUCUCAACUUUAUAUUCUGCAAGUGGAUAACCUGGAGGAAUUUCACUUGAAGAAAUAUGGCUACCAAGUUGGUUCCUUAUAUUGCAAAUAAUAUUGCAUUUUUACAUUAACUUGAGUUUUAUUCAUUCUAAGAUUUUAUAAUUAGUUUUGAAAGUAGAAAUAUUAAACUAUUUCUGCACAUUUAUUAAUAAUUAAAUCUAAAGUAACGAUGAUGUUCAGUUUUAGUCACUGUCUCAAAAUAUUUCAAUACAAAAAAACCAUGUUGUAAAAUAUAUUAUUUUUUAAAGGCUACAUAUUUUUAAGUAUACUAGAAUUCACUGCAGCACUGAGUGACAUUAGUAUUGUGAUAAAAUACUGCUAACAUUGUGUAAAUAUUAAAUUGAAGAUCCAAAUACUGUUUUUGGUAGGAAAUUCUCAACAGUAUAAAAUGCACUGGAAACAAACUUGAUUUUGAUGUGGGCAGCAUUUCACCACUAAAAAAAAAAAAAAAAAACACUUAA